CAGCGUCCUUAACAACCAGGUUCUGCGGCGCUAGUGAAUGGGAAACCCAGAGCGGGUUAAUUACCUGAGAAUAUGCCUUAUACCAGGGUGCCUAUUAUAAAUAGAUUUGGAAUAAUUUCAACCUCCUACCAUGAAGAACUUUUGAAGCAUAGUGCAAAAAACAUAACCAAAAACACAAUUGAAAAGCCAAAAAAAGCUUUGUUAAUCACAAAAGAAUUCAUCAAGAAAUUCAAUGACUCAGAAAAUCUAGAAGAUGAGAGGCUCUUACAGGACCAGGCUAGAAAAAUGCUAUUUAGAUGCAAGAGAAGAUUAGGACUCAGCAGCCUGGGUGUGGGUAAGCAUGUAGAUAUUCCUGCUGCAUGGAUUGAGGCAAUUUAUUUAGCUCAGUGCAAAGGAGAAAUCCAGGAAGAAGCUUUAAAUAUGCUUUGUGCUUCUUUGGAUCAUGCCUCCUUGCACUGCAGUCAUCUGUCAACAUUAUUUUUCAUUGCUGAAUCGGUUUUGUAUAGAAUCUGUUGUGAUGCAUCCCAGAAAUCAUAUUUAUAUUCAAGCGAAAUAAAAUUGAUAAAGAUUGGAUUUUUGACCUUUUUACGACUCUUUGUUUAUCACCUGUAUGGUAAUCUAGAAGGCUUUGAAACACACUUACUUAGACUUCAACCAUAUUUAUUUGCACUUUAUUUUUGUGAAGACACCUACAGCAAGUAUCCCAACAUUCUUUCAAUUAUCAGUUUUAUGAAAAUGACUGGUGAAGUCAUUUGCUUUCCAGGAAUAUCUGAAACACAUGAGGAUACUGAUACAAAGCAGGAUGUGAUUUUUCCUGGCAUGAACAGGGAAGAAAGAGGAAGAAAAAUUGAAACUGAAAAUGAGAAAGUUAAUUCUAAGCCUUAUUCAAAAAGACAGGAAGUGAGUCACCUUCUUUGGCACUGCAUUGUUGUUUGGUCUUGUGUACAAAACCAGACAACUCAGUUAAAUGAAGUACUUGAACAUCUCCUCAAACAUAAAAAACAGCUUCAGAAAAAAUUCUGUUUGGAGUCAAUCCUUUGUUUCUUUAUUCUUGGGGAUGCUGCAAAAUUAAACAUGUCCUGCUUGAAGAUUUUCAUGAAUCUUGGAAAAGAUUUUAUUUUGAGUUGUAUAUCUCCUCAGAAGCAGGAAGAAAACAAGGAUGAUGACCCUUCAUGGGAAUGGAUUAUAGCCUAUAUGUAUAUAACUGUUCUUGGAGACAUCUGUCUGCAUGCAACUACAUCCAUUUUACGGAAAAUUGCUUACACAGGCUUUUAUGAACAUGAAAACACCUCAAAAUAUCUAGAACGGAAGAACAUAAAAUCAAUGGAACCUAUGGAAUUGAAGGAAGCAAAUUUUUUAGACCUUUUAACAUAUUUCUCUUCACAGAUAUCAGAUAACUGUUGUCAAUUGAUCUGGACUGUUUACUAUGGCUUAAUAUACAAUCUAGUGAAAAUGAUCAGAGAACUCUAUGGAGAUGAGAAGCAAGAUGGGCUAAGAAAUUUGCUGUGGAAAAUCUUACAAAGAAUAAAAUGUGAUGAGAAGGAUGUGCGGAUCUUGACUGCUUUGGAUGUAGCUGAGGCUGAACUAAAUAGCACUAUAAAUCCUUUCAUUGGUUCAACUGUAAAAGCUCCAGGGAACAACAUUUUCUUCCAAUAUAUAGGACAUAAAGUUGCCUAUGUACUUUCCAAACUAUUUUUAUCACCUCUUGGUCCAAGUAGUCUUCUUCUAAAGAGAUCUGAAAAGGAACAGAAGAUGAUGAAGUAUAAACUACCAAAGGAUUUCCAGAUGGAGAAGAAAGUUAUACGCAUAUUUUCCAGGGAAAGAUAUCCACAAAAAGAACUAGUCCGUCCGUAUCCAGAUAUCAUUGCUCGUGCAGAUAUGGCAUUGAAAACUCUUAUUGAUAAGCAGUGGGAGAAGGAGCAGUUAAUCAGACUUAAGGAAGAGAAGAAACUUCUGACACAAAAAAAGAAACAAAAAAGAAAAGAAGAGCUAGAGCAUUAUCAAGCAAUGAUGAAAAGAAGGGAAGAAAAAAUACACAAGACAACUAAACCUUAUGAACUACCUGGACUGGAAUAUUCUGAACCAAUGACUAGUGAUAGGUCAUCAAAUGAUCCAAAUAAACAAGGGACAUGUAUUGCAUAAGAAAACUUUAUUAUGAUUGACUUGGAGAUGCUUAAAAGUAGUUGUCAAUGUUGUGACUCAAACUUCUUUAAAGUAAUAUUUCAAUCUUUGUUAAUCAGUCAGUUCUUUAGCAAUCACAUCUGAGUAUAAAUUUCCAAUUAUAAAUUUUUCAGAAGCUCAGUUACCAUAUCUCUCAGUUGACUAUGACUUAUUUUUCUUUGGCAUAUUUUAUUUGCAUUUAAGCACAAGUGUUUAGUAUUCAUGGUGGUAUAAAAUUACAGGUAGAACAAUUAUAAUUUUUAAUAAGCCACAUUUGAAUUAUCUCUUUAAAACAAAAGGGAGAAUAUUGGCAUUACUCCUAUAAUAUAUAAUAGAAGAAUAAAAUGUCUGUUUUCUCAUAUCUGGAUUUUGUAUAUCAAAACAAACACCUUUCUGAACAGCUUGAAUUUUUUAAAAAUGAGUACAUGCAGCUAAGCAAGAAUUGGUAUAUUACUGGAAGCUCCCUUUAGUCUUUACUAUACACAGUGUGAGGCUAUUAAUAGAUAAUGUCUUUAAUUUAUCAGGGGGGACUAUAAAAAUGGACUGGGAUGAUCAAAGUACUACCAGGAAGUUAAAACAGCUUUUUAGAUGUUCUUUCACCCUAUCCAAUGCAUGAUUGUCAUGGAAAGAACCCAAAUUGGGGGUUAAGGGAGAUCUCAAUUUCUUCUCCAACUAUAAAAUAUCUCCAUGACAACAACCAUAUUUAAAACUUUCUAGGGAAUCUUCAAAUAAAUAUACAAUAUGAAUUACAGUUUUUAUUUUAUAAGGUAUUGCUUCAUGCCAUAUGUUUGGGGGGAAAAAAAGAAAUGCAUCUUCAUUUUGAAGUAAAAAGUUAAUAGUUUUCUGGUUGAACCUACUAUAUUCAACCACAACAUUUCCAGAUUCUUACAUAUUAAAAACAUAUCUCCACAUUUC